UAUACUUAAGUAUACUUUUUUUCACCUGGGAAUAAAGGAAGUAGUUUGCACAAGGUAUUUGUGCAACUUUAUUUUUUUGCAGCCGAAAAACAAGUUUAGUUCAAAUUCAAAGUAUGUGAUUGAGCAAUGGUGCACAGCUUUGAAAUCCAUAAAUUCAUUCAACAAACCCAUCAAAUUGAGAACAGUGCACCUUUUGACUUUUCCUGUACUCAGAAAAUUAUCACCAUGAUUCUGAAAGCAUCCUAAAAGCUGUUGUAGUUAAAAACUCCCCUGCAGCAGAUGGGAAGUCUAAAUAUAUUGAGUAAACCUGCAAUCAAAGCAACUGCAGUUUUUAAAACUCCAGUAAUGGGAAGGAAACACGUAAGCAGCUAUAAAGAAGAAGUAUUCUGGGAACUUCUCUUUUUUUCCACAAGAUAGAAGAUUUCCUGGUUAUAGUUGUUCAGCAGGUUGAGAUGUGAGGAUGGGACACGCUUGGCUUCACUUGCUGUUCUGUAAGUAAAUGUAUUAACUUUAAAAAUAGAUGAUUAGUUAAACUAACGUUUUCUUAAAAUGGCUGCUUGUCUCUAAAUAAAGAGAUAAUUUAAGUAUCAGCUAUAUUGUUGUAUUAAAUUAUUUCAGAAAUGUUUUUAAAUGCCAGUUUUUUCUGUUAUUGUGAUUGUCUUUCUUCCUGAUUGAUCCAUUUUUCUAACUUUUUCAUAAAUCUGUUUGUUUUAUUUAGUGUUCAGUUCAGUCAUCAGUGGAUACACCAAAGUUCCCAUUCAAGCCACUAUGGUCCUGAAACACAACGGGCCGCUGAUAUACAAAGGUGAGAAUAUUUAUCUCCAGUGCAAGAUCACAGGAGGAGAAGGAACAAAGUGGACGUAUGAAUGGAGACCAACUAGGUUAAAUAAACCUGAAACAUCCAAUGAAUACAUUAACAUACAUUCAGCUAAUGAGUCUCAUAGUGGAGAAUACAGCUGCAGAGGAACUAAUGGGAGUGACUCAACAGCCUGGAGCGAUGCUGUCAUAUUAACUGUGUAUAAACUCUCUGUGUCUCCAUCAUGGCUGAGUCCUGGAGCCUCAGUGACUCUGAGCUGUGAGGUUCAACAUCCACCUGCAGGAACCAGGUUCUUCUGGUAUAAAGCUGUUCCUGAUCCAUCAAACAUCUUCUACAACUAUGACCUGCUGCCUGGCAGCUCCAAUGGGACUGAUGAGAACGUCUACAUUGUUCAUGGACUCAAUAACACAGCAGGUUAUGUGUGUGAAGCAGGAAGUGGAAAACCAACUAACAGAAAUCCAACUUUUGUCUGGUCAGCAGAUCCUCAUCCAGCAGCUUCUCUCUCAGUGAAUCCUGACAGAGUUCAACACUUCAGAUCUGAAUCUGUGACUCUGAACUGUGAGGGAAACUCUGCUGAGUGGAGAGUGAAGAGGGUUACAGAAAGAGGAGAUCUGUCAAACUGCUCCAUCUGGGGGGAAAUGAAUGAAUCUACAUGUAUCGACAUCUUCCUGCUUCAUAGUGGAGUUUACUGGUGUGAGUCUGGAUCAGGAGAGUUCAGCAACGCAGUGAACAUCACUGUACCUG